AUGGAUCAAUAGAAUCAGCAAUUGAAGUUAUCACAGCUUUAAAAUACCCAACUUAGCCAUUUCACCCAGAUUAAUCAUGUUGAUAAAGAAAACGACUUAAUCCCAUAAAGAUUACUAAGCUAGCAUUAUGUUUCACCCAAGAGACAGAACUAAAUAUACUUUAAGGAUGGAAUGGCUUACAGAUCACCGAAACAAAACUCUCCCCAAAAAGCAUUCAAUCUCAGUCCUAAAUUCACUUAAAUAAACACUCUAGUUUAAAAUGAUCAGACUCAAUCUACACAAAUUCUUCUGACUUUAUUAGAAAAAUCUCAAAGAUUAGCUGAAGAAAGUGAGUAAAAGCUUGCUCUAAAAGAAAAGGAAUUCUAGUCUACUAUAAAUUAACUCAAACAAUGCCAUAAAGAAGAAGUUAUAAAGCUAAAGACUGAAAUUAAAAUAGUUUAAAGUUUGAAAAAUAUUGAGGCUAAAGAUAGUUUUGAUAGUAUGAGGACUUAAUUUACAGACCAGGAGUCGAGAAAUAAAGUAAUUGACAAGAUAAGAGCCCUCCUUGUGAAUGAGAUGGAGCAGAUUACAUCUGAAGCAAAAUAAAAAGAAAAUUCAUAUUCAGAAGAGAUAGUCACUCUAAAGUUGAAAAUAAAAGAUUUGCAAAACUAAAUCGAUGCAAAAGAAGUCAUUUUCUUCGAGAGGGAGCUUCAACAUUAAUAAGAUAUCUAGAUAAGAGAUGAAAUCAUCAAUUAGCAAAAUAAUGAAUAAAAGCAGCUUAGAGAUUAAUACAACUCUGAACUCGAAAAACUUUAAAUUAAGAAUCAUCUUUCAUUGAAAGAAAAUUAGCAAGCUAACUAAGAAAUCAUCAUUUCAAAAGAAUCAGAAGAUUUGAAAACUAGCGCUUUUGAAGAACUUUUACAUGAUUUUAAACAACUUUAGUCAGUUCUUACUCAGCAUGAUGAAACAACAGCAGAUUAACUCAACAAUUUACUAAACCAGAAAAUUUAAAGCGAAAACUUCUACAUAGAGAAGAUAAAACUUCUAGAGAAUAAUUAUAAGUAGUUGCACAGACUUUAAGUUGGGUCUUACGAUGCAAAAGAGAAGGUCAUCAAAGAAAUUGAAAGCAAGUGCUCCAUUAUAGAGUAUUCGAGAGACAUCGAGCUUGAAGGCUUCAAGAACCAUCAGUUGAAUAUCACUCAUAGCCUAAUUAGCUAGUCGAGUGAACUCUAUAAUAGUAUUAAGAAAUCAUUUGAUUUAGACAAGAAAUAGAUAUCAUUCAUUGCUGAAUUAGUCUCUGAAGUAUAGAAGAAAAUAUAAAACCAACAGAACAUAAACUAUAACUCAACUGAGAGAAUUAUUCAAUAACUCUAGCAGGAAAACCACAUCCUCAGAUAUUAGGUGGAUAAUUUACAAAUUGAUAUUAAAAAUGGCUAGAAUGAUGAGAAUCAAAGCCUCAUUAGGCUUAAAUUUGCUUUAUAAAAUUUACUUAAUGAUUUACGCUAAAAAAUACUUACUUACGUAUUGUAUGAGAAAGAAUAGAAUAAUUUGCAGGAGCAAUUUGAAAAAAGAAUAUAGGAUCUUGAUUAAAUUCAUUCUAAGAAAGAAAUAGAGGAUAGUGAACUCAUCUAGUAACUAACAGAUGAACUCUAGAAAGUAAAGUUUAUGCAAAGAAAAGAAGAGUAAUUGAACACAGAAUUAAAGUUAAAUAUGGACAAGUAUAGAGAAGCUAUGGAUUUAAAAGACUUAGAAAUUUAAAAGCUAAAGCAGCUAAUUUAAGAAAUGGAAAAGAAAGUACAAUUGAAUGAAGGAAUAUCUAAGGAAGAAUGCUCAAGCAUUAUAUCGAAGGUCACACAAACUCAUUCAAAGCUUCUUGAUAAGCAUUAUCUGAAGAAGAUUGAUGAUAUGACUACUGAUUUGAAAGAGAAAUCAGAGAAGCUUGAUGAACUUCUUGUGAGAUACUGUAGAAUAGUCAAUCGUUACAAAAAUCAUGAUUAAGAGUAGCUGCUUACCUGGCAAUCUAGGUAAAAAGCCUACACAGAUUAAAUUUAACUUUUGAGACAAUAACUCGAAUCCACAUAGGAUAAAGAAACUCAUGAAAAAAGAUACUAAGAGAUGGUAGAAGUAGUAUAAGACUCAAUAGUAAUAGAAUAAGAGCUCUUGAGUAAGUAUCAAGAUGAAAAUGAAAAAGAAUACAAGAGAUAGAUAAAAGUGCUAGAUCAAGAAGUUGAUAACCUACAUCAGCAAAAACAACAAUUAGUAAAAAUUAUAUCAGAUUAUGAACAGCAUUAUACUGAGGUUAGCAAAGAAAGAGUUUCUUAAAAUGAAAAACUUAAAGCUUUGAAUGACUCGUACUAAUCAUAUUUGGACUAAAGAUCAUCUGGAUCUCUACAAGAUUUAAUGUUAAAGUAUGAAAACUUGGUAAAGAGACUGAGUGAAUCACAGGUCAAGCAUCUUCAAAACAUUUAUGAUUAGAUUGUAGAACAAAGAAUAUAAACUGAAAAUGAUUAGUAAAAUCUAAAGGAAACUCUUGCUUAGUAGUAUCUGGUAGUAGUCCAGUACAUGAAUGAUCAGAUAGAGUAGUUAAAGUCAUAGGAUCUUGUUUCUUAAAAGAGACUGUCUGAAGAUGAACAGCAGAUCAAAUUUUAUGAAAAAUAGCUGUCUUAGAUGAGAAUAGAGUAUUAUUAAAUGAGAGAGCUCUAUGAAAAGCAAAACUUAAGAUGCUAAGAGAGUAAUAGCUAUAAAAAUACUAGGAUAAAUGAUAACUUCACCAAUGAAUUAAAUGAAUAAUUAGAGAAACUAAAAAAUUGCAAAAAAGUACCAGAGAUUAAUUAAUGUGUUAGAGAUAUUCAUAAACUAGUCCAGAAUCUACUAUCAGAUGUGGAGAUUGAUCAGAGAUUCGGCAAAUAUGUAUAGAAUGAGAGAUUCACUAGACUUUAGAAUGAGAUUGAUCAAAUUAAGAGAUAGAAGGAGCAAGUAAUACUCUAAGCCUCAGAGGAUAGCAAGGACUUCAAUUUAUUCAUAAAGGAAUACAAGAAGGUAGAUGAGCAGAGAUUAAGAGACGUAGAACAUGAAAAUGAGGUGCUUAUCAAUAUUCUCUCUGGCAAUAUGAGAGACAAGUACAAAGAAUUAAAAGACAGGCUUAAGUAGUAUAUGAUUUCAAAGCAUCAAGACAACUCAUUGCUAUUAGCUGCUGCAACUGGCAUUCAAACAUUGAAUCAUAAUAAGAGCUCGUAGUCAAUUGGAAAAUAAUUUGGCAGCUAACUGAUUGUGCUAUCUCCAAAUAAGUCAUCCCAAAAGAGUUUGAUUAAUAAUACUACAACAUAAAUAGACUCUACCAUGAAUCUAAGUUGUGUAGCAAUUCCUAAUUAGAAAGUAAACAAGCAAUCCUUAAGAAAGGAAAAGAGUUAAGUGAGAAAAAAUAAUAAUUUGAGUCUGAAGAUCUGA